GAUGAGGGAGAGAGAGAGGCUUUUGUCUGAAGAGAGUGAAGACCUGAUAGUAACAUUGUUAGAGAAAGAGGGGAUGAAAGGAGAGGGAAACAAGAAGCAAAGCGGACGGUAGAGCGAGCCAGAGAGGGAGAGAGGGAGAGAGGAGAGAAGCGAGGGGUUGGUCGAGUGGGCAAGACAAAAAGAAUGAGCGAAUGAAAGAGAUGGAAAUAGGAAAUGACAGCGGCUUGGAAUCUCGCCAGCAACAACGAGGCCCCCAGUUGAUUUAUUUUGUGUCAUCAUGAUGGAAUUGGUGGAUUGGUGAAUCCAGUGGAACGGUGCCGCAGCCUAGAGCAGAGCUCUAUGUUUUAUAGACAGAUAUAGAAAUCCCAGACAUGACCAAAUCUGUGUACACACCAACAGCCCCAGUGGCAGCUUUUGGCACCAUAUCUAAUGCAUCGCUGACAAGGCUCCACAUCGGGAGCAGAGGGAGGGUGAGCUAGUCCUACCCCUCCCAGCCACGCCCGGCAUCUUCUCCCCGUCUCUCUCUUCGUCCGCCUCAUCCAUCUCUUCCCCCGGCAUUCUCCGCCAUGGCACUCCUCUCCACCGCUCUCUCUGCCUCCGUCCCCUUCCUCCUCUUCCUCCUCCUCCCCCUUCCUUCGCCCUGCGCCCUGGAGUCUCUACGUGGAGGAGGAGGAGAGGAAGAGAACCGCUCCAUCUCCACCAUGUCCUAUCCCUCCAUGUCUCCGGAGUUCUGGAGCAACAGCAGCACGGGGCUGGGCAGCAGUUCAAAGUGCUCGCAGCCGGUGGUGUGCAGGCCGGGCACCCUGCUACCCGUGUGGAAGCCCCUGAGCCCCGGGCUGGGCGACCAGGUAGCCAGGGCCGUGGUCUACUUCACCUGUCUCAUGUACAUGUUCCUGGGAGUGUCCAUCAUCGCAGACCGCUUCAUGGCCUCUAUCGAGGUCAUAACCUCACAGGAGAAGGAAGUGACCAUCACCAUGCCAGGAGGAGAGACGUCUGUGGCCACUGUACGUAUCUGGAACGAGACUGUGUCCAACCUAACUCUGAUGGCUCUAGGCUCCUCCGCCCCAGAGAUCCUGCUGUCGGUCAUAGAGGUUUGUGGGCACGGGUUUGAGGCGGGUGAGCUGGGACCUGGCACCAUUGUGGGCAGCGCCGCCUUCAACAUGUUUGUGAUCAUCGCCAUCUGUGUGUGGGUCAUCCCUGAAGGAGAGACCAGGAAGAUCAAACACCUGCGCGUGUUCUUCAUCACAGCCUUCUGGAGUAUCUUCGCCUAUAUCUGGCUCUUCCUCAUCCUCUCCGUCAUCUCACCCGGAGUCGUGGAGGUGUGGGAGGCCCUGGUCACCCUGCUCUACUUCCCCGUGUGUGUGAUCCUGGCCUGGAUCGCCGACCGACGCCUGCUUUUCUACAAGUACAUGGCCAAGCGUUACCGCGCCGACAAGCACGGCAUUGUCGUGGAGACGGAGGGGGACACAACUCCGAAAGGCUUCGAGAUGAUUAUAGAUGGAAAGUUCCCACCAAGGGGAGGGGCGGUGGGAAUGAUGCCCAGUGAGAACUGCCAGGAUGGGGCCAACAAUGCGGCGGGCACCGUGGCCUACCUGCCCAACUCCAACAGCACCAUGGUGACCGUAGAGAAUACCAAGGAGCUGGACGAGAGCCGCAAGGAGGUGAUCCGCAUCCUGAAGCAGCUGAAGCAGAAGUUUCCGGACAAGGAGCUGGAUCAGCUUGUAGAUCUUGCCAACUACUACGCCCUCCUCCAUCAACAGAAGAGCCGCGCCUUCUACCGCAUCCAGGCUACGCGCAUGAUGACCGGCGCCGGCAACGUGCUCAAGAGGCACGCCGCCGACCACUCCCGCCGCGCCGCCGCCGUGGACGAGGAAGUGGUCUGCGAGGACGACGACCUGGCUGAGUGCAGCCGCCUGGCGUUCGAGAGCACCCACAGCCAGUGUAUGGAGAACUGCGGCGUACUGAGGCUGGCUGUGGUGUGUCAAGGGGGCCUGGGGGAGAGCACCUUCUACGUGGACUACCGGACCGAGGACGGCUCGGCCAACGCCGGGUCUGACUACGAGUACAGCGAGGGAACGCUGGUGUUCAAACCCGGAGAUACCCGCAAGGAGAUCAAGGUCGGCAUCAUCGAUGAUGACAUCUUCGAGGAGGACGAGCACUUUUUCGUGCGGCUGCUCAACUUGCGCAUCGGUGACGCCGAGGGGAUGUUCGAGAGUGAUGAGCCAGGCGCGAGACCCAAGGGUCGCCUGAUGGAGCCACUGGUCGCCACGGUGACCAUCCUGGACGACGACCAUGCUGGAUUCUUCACAUUCCGUAAUCAGCUGGUGCGCGUCAGCGAGAGUGUUGGCACCAUGGAGGUCUCAGUGGUGCGGAACUCGGGCGCCCGCGGCACGGUGAUUGUGCCCUAUCACACGGAGGAAGGCACGGCGAAGGGGGGCGGCGUGGACUACGAGGACACUCAGGGAGAGCUGGAGUUCUCCAACGACCAGACAAUUCAGACCCUGCAGGUGAGGAUCAUUGACGAUGAGGAGUAUGAGAAAAAGGAGAACUUCUUCAUCGUACUAGAGGAACCACGCUGGCUGAAGAGGGGAAUCUCAGCCCUUCUGCUCAACCAAGAGGAUCCUGAUGGCCAGAUGAGUGCAGAGGAGGAGGAGGCGAGGCGCAUUGCAGAGAUGGGAAAGCCCAUCUUGGGGGAGCACAGCCGGCUGGAGGUGGUCAUUGAGGAGUCUUAUGAGUUCAAGAGCACCGUUGACAAGCUCAUUAAGAAGACCAACUUGGCCCUUGUGAUUGGCACUCACUCCUGGAGGGAGCAGUUCGUGGAAGCUGUGACUGUCAGCGCAGGGGAUGGUGAUGAUGAUGACGAGGAGGGGCGUGAAGAACGUCUGCCAUCCUGCUACGACUACGUCAUGCACUUUCUGACGGUGUUCUGGAAGGUUCUGUUCGCCUUCGUUCCGCCCACCGAGUACUGGAAUGGCUGGGCCUGCUUCUUCGUGUCCAUCUCGGUCAUCGGUAUCUUGACUGCCAUCAUCGGGGACCUGGCCUCCCACUUUGGCUGCACUGUGGGCCUCAGGGACACUGUCACUGCUGUGGUGUUUGUGGCUCUUGGCACCUCUAUUCCUGACACGUUUGCCAGCAAGGUGGCGGCCACACAGGACCAGCACGCUGAUGCGUCGGUGGGCAACGUGACUGGCAGCAACGCGGUCAACGUGUUCCUGGGCAUCGGGGUGGCGUGGUCGGUGGCGGCCGUCUACUGGAAGGUGCAGGGCAAGGAGUUCCGCGUUGACCCUGGCUCCCUGGCCUUCUCCGUCACCCUCUUCACCAGCUUCGCUUUCAUCUGCAUGGGCGUGCUGCUGUUCCGCCGGCGGCCCUCUAUCGGGGGGGAGCUGGGCGGGCCGCGGACAGCACGCAUCAUCACCAGCCUCCUCUUCCUGGGCCUCUGGUUCCUCUACGUCCUCUUCUCCAGCCUGGAGGCCUACUGCCACAUAGAGGGCUUUUAGAGGACACAUGAGAGCAGAGACAGGGCUACUAGUCAAAACACUGAUAUACAUUAUAGUUAUUAUAAUACACACAUCUACAACAGUACAGGGCCCAGGCCAAAGGUUGGGACCUGGUCAUUAUCACUGGAUCGCUAAUACCUAAGGGAUCUGUAGACAUACCCGAUAUACACAUACACUUACAUACAGACACAUACACACACGUACUGAAACAUGAACUGUACAUAUUACUACAUGCAUGCACAAACAAAUGCACACGUGGUCUCUCACCAAGACCAACACACACAUACAGCACUGUAACAAGGGCACCACACAGGUUGCGUGUGGCCUGGAUCCUGGAUGACACCCAGUUAACAUCAACCUCCUAUUGCACACUCAAGUGUUAUACACACUCACUGGACAAACGAGGAAGAGAAGGAGAGAAAAGAAAGUAUUGGUCAAGGAAGUGACGAAGGAAGUAAGACUGGAGAGAUUUCAAAGGAAGCACGUUCAGAAUGUAAACCAGCAUGUCGUAAAAGAGGGAGAGUGAAGGAGAGAAAGAGACAGACAGGUGUGUAGAAACUAAGUGUUGCAGUGGCAUUCUAUUCAUUCCGACUGGCUGCGUAACAUGGUUUUGGGUCCAGACUGCUUUAAUUGAAGCAGGGUAGAGUGCCGUGUGUUUUGCAGGGUGGGCCGUAGCUCCGUCACCGUUGCAGGGAAGGCAAACCAGACUCGAUCCACUCGACUCAAUCCAUGUCUGUGUGGCCUUAAAGCAGUACCCUUUCGCUGGGGGUUCCUUAAAGCAGUACCCUUUCACUGGGGGUUCCUUAAAGCAGUACCCUUUCACUGGGGGUUCCUUAAAGCAGUACCCUUUCACUGGGGGUUCCUUAAAGUAGUACCCUUUCACUGGGGGUUCCUUAAAGCAGUACCCUUUCACUGGCGGUUCCUUAAAGCAGUACCCUUUCACUGGGGGUUCCUUAAAGCAGUACCCUUUCACUGGCGGUUCCUUAAAGCAGUACCCUUUCACUGGGGGUUCCUUUUCAAAGGCAGAAUCCACACACGUAGAAGCUGUGGCGGAAAAAGUACUCAACUAUCAUACGUGAGUAAAUGUAAAGAUACCUUAAUAGAGAAUGACUUGAGUAAAAGUAAAAGUCACCCAGUAAAAUACUACUUGUUCUAAAAGUAUCUGGUUUUAAAUGUACUUAAUGUACAGUGGUACAAAAUGUACUCAAUUGUCAGACUUGAGUAAAAAUAAAAAGUGAAAUAAAUGCCAUACAUCAAAUUCCGUAUAUUAAGCAAACCAGACCGCACAAUUUUCUUUUUAUUUCUUUUUAUUUUCGGACAGCCAGGGGCACACUCCAAAACUCCGACAUCAUUUAAAAAACGUAGUAUUUGUGUUUAGUGAGCCCGCCAGAUCAGAGCGAGUAGAGAUGAUAAUGUGUUAUAUUGAUAGGUGCGUGAAUUGGACCAUAUUACUGUCCUGCUUUUGGGUGUCAGGGAAAAUGUAUGGGAGUAAAAAGUCAAAAACAAAAAAAUAGGGAUGUUGUGAAGUACAAGUAAAAGUUGUCAAAAAAUAGUCAUGUACAGAUACCCCAAAAACUAGUAGUACUUCAAAGUAUUUUUACAAAGUUACUUUACACCACUGCGUAGUAGUGGAAUGGGUCCAUCUUCAGUCGCUAUGACAGAGCACCAUGAAAAUGGUUGAUUAAUGAGUAGGAUGUUUACAUUUAGCAAUGGGAGAUAAAACAGCAACAGCAACAAAACUGAAAGCCCCAAGUUGCAGUUACUGUAUGGUUUCCCAUACAGGGGAGGUGGGAUUUACGUAUGACAUUGAAACAAGCUCUCAAUUCUGUGUUGGUGUAAAUACAAUAGGAGUGUAUAUGUAUUUGUUAGAGGGGCUUCUCUACAGAUAUGGUGGGAUGGGGUGGCCAAUAAUAGAUAUAAUGCAUGGGGUUCAGAAACUAGUCACCACUGUCUUACUUCACAGGAAAAUGACUUUUGCAGGUAGCUUGUGUAAAUUAUGGCUCCGAGAUGAGGUAUCAUCCUUUCUCAUAACCACAAUCCCCAUCCAUCGAACUUUAACAGAGUCGAUCCAGAGGGAUUAAAUAUAAAUGUGCCUCCUCAUCUGUGGACUUCUGAAUGAAGGGAAGACGGAGUUUCUGGAGGCACGACUCUGAAUAACGAAAGUCUCACACCCAGCUCUUGAGGCUCUUGCUGUUGUGUCUCACUGGACUUCAGAUCAUAGAUCUGCAUUCCACUCCAGCAGACAGUAGAGUCCUCCAUCACCAUCAUGUUUGAGACGUUGUACAUUUCGAAUGACCUUUCGCAACCACAAUGAGAGUGAAAUGAUGAUUUAGCAAUGCAGGCACGUUGAUGGUGUAAAUAUUCUUUUAUGUUACUGUCCAAGGGUGAGUUACUAUCCACUGAAGCACAGCACAACGCGACACAAGCGAUCUCCUAGAAUGUAGAAUGCUACGACAAGAGUGUAUCGCUUUCUGACGUAUACUUUUCAAAAACAAUCCUUUACCUGAAUACAGGUAUAAAGUCAAACCUUUACAUCUAUAUACUGUAUCCCUUUGGCUCCACGCUUGCUCAGUGGACAGUAACUAUUCGCCGUUCUUUGGUGGAUGAAAAGGUAAAAGCAGAGAGGGGUGGUGAGGUUGAGGGUAGCGUUUGUUUGGUCCAAAAGUUAUCCUAUGUGAGGAUAUUGGCCACCUGUGUAGGACUUCAGGACCGACAAGAGUUCUGUACCGGGAUGUUUAUAUUGUUGUUCAUUCAAUCGAAAUCUGUCAAUAUUUGUGAGAAGAAAAAAAAAAACAUGUUUGUUUGUGAUACUUGUGAUACUAUAGCGGAGCACCUUUUUAGGUAUGGAGGGCUUGUAGACCCUCUGCUGUGGAAUACUGGGUAGAGAUGCAUGACAUGACAGAAUAAUAUUGACAGCACAGCACCGGCAUGGACAAAAAAAUUAUAAUGCAUGGGUGGUGACAAGAGAAUAGUGUCUGUGUCUUUUAUGUGAGAAAGCAGAAGGUCCAGACUGCAGCCAGAUCUGUGAAGAGCAUGCAGACUGCCUCUGCUCCUCACCUGUUUACAGUAAAGGCUGCCCUGAGAUCAGCUCAACCCAAACCCAGCUAAUUGCCCCCAAAUACAGCAACACUGGCCCACCAUCAGUACUUAAGACCAUGGCAUAUAAAUUAUCUUAUUUUGGAGUGAGGCUUACAGUACAUCAAUUUGUCAAACAGUGUUGGUUCAAAUGCUCCUAUUCUUCUGUUUUAUUUUACCUUUUGAAAUCCAAACCUCUCCGUUUGCUUGACAGUGAAACUGGGAUAGAUUACAUUUCAAACGGUGAGUUCUCAUCAGCUACAGACUGUUAUUCAGUAACUACUGAUCGUCGCUACUGUAAUUCUGCAUCAUACCCAUUUAAUGCCUUAAAGUCUAGUACUUACUAUUUAGUCAAAUUUGACUGGUCUUGUGUGUGCUUUGAGUGGGCAUCAGAAACCUAAUUGAGUAGUGUGCAAUAUGUGGAACCAGUCAGCAAUCUACUACUGAGUUAAGAAGAGUAGCAAGAGCUAAUAUGAUUACAUACAAACUGAAAUAACAUCUUGAAAGAUCAACUUAGCGAUACUGUAUUUACUCUGGAUCUGACUCUACCAUAUAAUAUAUUAUUACCCCUGCCCCAAUCUCAAUGAGAUGAAAGUGCGAUUAAUAAGAUAGUGGGAGAUGGGGAGGGGUAGUGAACUGUUACAAGACUGUCCAUGGUCCUUACAUGUGGUUUAAUCACCUGACUUACUGAGUCGCUAUGAAAACAUGUAGAAUAACAAAAGAGAACAAGGCUGACACAAAAUGGAGGUGGCUUUAUCUCAGUAUUGCCAGGUGUUCUGAGGUGGAUAUGGAGAAAAUAGGACACAGCACUUGCUAAGAGUUAAUAUGCUACACAAUACAAGAGACGGAUGUUAUAUCGUAUGUGAGUUUUCCCCACUUAUUUUAGAGUUCAGGAUACUUGGAACUCUAGUUGAACUGUAGAGGUGUCAAUCAGUGCAACCAGUGAGAACGAUUAACAUUUAAAUAUUACAAAUGCAAACAAUUAAUUAAAAAGGUAAUGACAUUUUGGAAGUUAAGUGAGUAAACAAAUUGACCCCCUCAAAACUAUAGAUUUAUUGAUUCAAAUAGUAAAGGCUCUCUUGAGAAUAGUCAUGUAUAAAUAUGCUUAUUGUUGCUUGUAUAACAUAUAUAAUAUCAACAAAGAUUUCAGUUAACUUGGCCCUCAGUGUUUCCCCAGUCUUUGUCAACUUUUGAAAAUAAACGUCUCUUCAGAUUAUGUUGAUAAUGCUCCAUAGACGUAGACCCAAUGGUUUAGGACGGUAAUAAAGAGACAUUUUGAUAUUUCUCUAAUUGUCCAAUUUGAAGACAAAUUUCCCCUUGAACUAGUCAUUUGAUGUAGCACAAACUACAUGUAUAUUUCUGUUGCCCAGAUUAUUUAAUUAAUUUAUAUUUAUUAAUAAUGGUUUAUUGUUCAACGGCUCCUUGAAGCAAACCAUUUGAACCGUUCCAAUGCUUCAAAGAGAGUGGGAGCAAUGUGCAAUAUAAAGCUGACUCUUCUUUGCUUUCAUCUUAAUGAGCAGUCAACUCGGCUCACUCGGUGGGAGUGAAACACUUAUUUUCUCCAGUGUUUGUUGCGCCCUCGGCCAACCAACAUAGAUUUAUUUCAUUCACUUGAGAUUAGCAUGUUUACAUACAAAUUUGUAAUGGACAUUCCAAUGAACCUUGUCAGUUUGUUCAGGGUUGUUAUACAUAGGAUGACAUUUUACAGGGCCUUUACUGUGGUCAUUGGGUUGGUUAUGACAUACUUUUUCCUGAAUUGAACUGUCUACAAUGUUCAGACAAUGUUCAGUGUUUUGAUGACUUCUAUUUAACUAUCUGGCCUUUGCCAUUGCUGUAGAUCAGAUAUCACUCAAAGAUGUUUUAUGUGUUGUAAAUGCCAUCCUAUGUGCAAAUGCAUGAACAUUGUGUGUUAGCAUGGUCUGUUAAGGACAUCUAGGUUUACAUUUGGAUCGGGUUAUCCCAAAACAGUUUUUGGCCUGUGUGGCUGCUUGCGUGGUCUGCUCACGCUUGCAACAAACUGAGCAAUGUCGACUUGGUCGAGCAGCAGGUGAAUUGUCAUUUUUUGAAUACGUGUUAACAGUCUACUUACUUAUUCACCACCUAUAAAAGCUGUGAAAAGAAAGCCUGACUUUUCCCGUCUAUGUCUGAAUGUCUCUGAUCAUUUGGUUGUCAGUUUGUUGGAGUUUGAUAUUUCUGUGUCUGUGUUCGUGCCCCUCAACUUUCUGUAUUGGGGUGAACCACCCCAGGUCUUGCUCUUCAAUGUGUCCUUGGUGCAGUUUUAUCUGUGAACCUUUCUCUCUGCCUGACAUUUGUAUGGAAUAGUGACUGACUUAAAGAAGAUAUGUGAUAUUUACAUUUAUUCAAUACUGUAAUAAAUUAUUUGAAAAUUAUAUUACAUUUUAUUUAUUUAAAGGAUAAACAAAGGAAAAGAAAAAUGAAACUUGUUUUGGAGAACCUAUGGCAUGAGGUGUAAUGUGUUCUGAAAAAACAACUAUGUAAUCAACUCAAGUUAACCUUAUUGAAUAUAGUUUAUUUAUUUUCAACGCU